UAGAGUCCUAACUAAUCCCGGCCUGGUUUAUCUCUUAAAGCAUCAGCAUUCUGCACCUCACUCAUUCACUUAAGACCAAGUGCACCGUCCCCUUCUGGCAAACCUCUGGACCAAGCAUUCUUCAUCACGACCUUUCACCACUACGGGACUGUUUCCUUUGCCGACCGCCGUAUACAUCACCAGUGUCACAUUUGGCAGAUUGACUCAACCGAGUCACACGAAAUAGCCAUGGCCAACUUCUUCUCACCCGAAGCGGAAAUGGUUCUGAUGGGUCAAGACGAUGGUCUAGGACACCUCUUUCCUUCAAGCAGCUGCCAGUCUCCUCCUAGCAUCAUGUACUCUCCACCGCUUCAUCAAAUGGCGCCUCAACCGACGACUACCCAACCUCCGCAUGCGCCAAUCUACUCACAACCACACGAUUACCGACAAAUGGUUACCUCACCGUACCCACCAAGCUCUUUCUGGCCAUCACAACCUUCACAAAUGGCGCCAACACAUGUAUCUUACUCAACAUAUCCUCCUAUCUCAUCAGUAUGCUCGACCCAAACACUAGCACCAGAUUCUGCACUCUUGCCACAAAGGUUAGGGUCUACGAGACCCGUACGAUCUCUUUCAGCAUCUUCAUCGGGCACUCUGGGUAUGCCGUUGAGACAAGCCUCUGAGCGCUCUCCUCCGUCCUUAUCGCGGUCGUUGUCUCCGAGCUCACCAGACCUUCGAGCUUACGGAUACCCCAACAAGAACGGAACAUGGAGUUGUGCAUACCCUGGAUGUACUUCAAGAGCAGUUUUCACGCGGGGAUGUGAUUUAAGGAAGCACCACAAGAGACACACCAAAUCAUUUUUCUGUCGACACGAGGGUUGUCCACAAUCUACGGGUGGGGGAUUUUCAAGCAAGAAAGACCUCGCGAGGCACGAAGCAAAACAUAACCCGGGUGUGCUCUGCGAAUGGGAUGGUUGCGACAGAGUCUUCAGCAGAGUCGACAACAUGAGAGACCAUGUUAAACGAAUACACCUUAAAGCCGCCCGUUCAGGGGCUGGUGCUAUGGCGAAGCAAGUGACUGUAUAAUCACCAAUCUUGCGCCAUGAUGUACAGAAGCGGUUCCACCAUCUCGACUGGAUGUCUCUUGUAGUAUCUUUUUCUCUUUUACCAUCGCUUACGAUACCCCAUACGCAUUCACGACACUCGCUCCACAUUGGAAGAUCCGCGGUAGCGGACGCAGGCGUUCUGCUACUUUGUUUUUACGUCACAAGCAUCUCCGCAUUUGAGCAUUCUAGGAAUUCAAGCAUCAGGGAGA